AUGAAGCGAGCUGCCGCCGAGUCUCCAAUGCCAGAGUCGCGAGCACCUAAACGAGCUGAUACUGCUGCUGUAUCCACGAAGAGUGACUCCGAAUAUAAUAUCCAGGAGACGUCCAGAAAUGGCAGGGAGGAUGCUUCGCCGCCAAUGCCGACCUCGCAAUUUACCAAUGCUUUCCAGAUUGACAACGGCACUUUCGAGAUGUGCCUUGCGCCGGUGCCAUCAACGCAGCAUUCAAAUUCUUCACAAACUAGUGAGGACCAGUCCCCAAUCAGCUGGGGUAUGUCGGAGGGAGCUGUAACGGCACGGGAAUCCCCUGAAUCAACGCCACCAAUUUCAUGGUCGGUUUCACCUGUACUUCAACAACCUGAAUCUACGCCGCCAAAUCGCAGCCCGCAACAUUCCAUAUCGAGCAAGUUCCAAGCAGAUUGGAACACCUGCAUGAUGAGCAACUUGGGAGAGAUUCGAAAACUGGAGGAUGAAUUGACACAAACAAAAGCUUUGUUAGCGGACUCCGUGGCGGAAACAGCAAGAUUGAAAGACACCUUCCAAGCGGCCGUAAAUCAUGCGGUCAAGCUUCAAUCAAGCCUCGACGCUGAGACAGCAGAAAAUAAAAGAUAUGUCUGGCAGAUUGAGCAAUUGACGGGUGACAACCGCAAGAUGCAGGAGGAAUUGAAGCGAUUCAGUGAGAUUGCCGAGUCAUUGAAACAGUGGAAGCAAAAUGGGAUUUUGGAUGCGCUUACGCAGCAUGGUUCGGAGGAGUAG